AUGGUGAACGGUGGUGGAGCAAAAUCUCGUCGAGCACACAAGAAAGCAAAGACUGGGUGUCUUGAUUGUAGAAGACGCCGAGUAAAGUGUAGCGAAGAGAAACCUGAGUGCUGUGCCUGUUGCCGACGCGGAGUUGAAUGCCAUCUAGCUUUACUUGCAUGUCUAGCUAUUCUGAGACAGUCACGCGAGCAAUCGUCUGCCAUAUUUGAGAUCGAGAACAUGGCACUUCUCUAUCACUGGACUGUUUCGACAAGUAUCGAUAUUUAUAAGAAUUCAGGCUUAUCGGUAGCCUGCCAAGUCACCUUCCCCCAAAUAGCUUUAAAACACCCCUUUGUUAUGCAAGCUCUUCUUGGCCUAACCGCCCUCCAUGUUGCGUAUCUCGAUCCUCAAGAGAGGCUUAAAUAUACAGCAGACGCAGCUCGCUAUCACAAUCAGGGCUUGCAGGGAUUUAACGAAGCUAUCCAUAUGGCCAACGACGAAUUAGCUGAUGCAUUGUUUGUCUGGUCUUCCCUCAAUCUUUUCUACGUCUUUGGUGUCUCUGGACGACUGGGUGAAGGCCUUUGGGAUGAGUCAGGCUGGGGCAUCUUGGCUAUACUGUCACCAUCUUUGUCCACUUUAAGAGCGGGCCUUUUCAGGGAGCUCCUGAGUGUGGGAAACUUUGAUGUUAUGGACCCUGACAAGAUCAUGAAUCCUGAUGACCAGCGCUUCUGUCAGACGAGGGAUGUAUGGAAGAAUAACCCUGAUGCAUCGAUAUACGAAAAAAGCUUAUGGGUUCUCAGACAAUGUCGCAUAGCUUGGCAAGGAGCCUUUCUUUUUGUGCCUUUUGCCCCAGAGGAAUACUUUUCUCUGUUGCACCAAAGACAGCCACCGGCCUUGAUUUUGUAUGCUUUUUAUGGUGCCUUGUUGCAUUCACUCAAUGAAUCUUGGUUCAUGGAAGGAUGGGGAUAUAAUAUCGUCGAAGCGAUAGAUGAUCUACUGGGCUCCUAUUGGAGAAAUUGGGUAGCGUGGCCACUUGAAGUUGUUGGCUUGGGAAAUAGGAACAUAUGA